AUUAUUGACAAUAAAUGAAAAAACAUGGAGCAAACAGAAAUUUGUGAAUACUUUAAUGGUAUUAUUAAGUAUGAGAAGGAUGUGUCAGCUGGUAUGGCUGCUAUACGAACUUUACUAAAAGUUUUGGAACGUUCUAGGUCAGAAACAGUCCAAGAGUUAAGGCUUUGUUUACAAAAUGCAGUGAAUGCAAUGAGGUCUACGGAUAAUCCUAUAACUGCUAUUGCUUCUGGAAGCGAAUUAUUUCUUCGAUUCAUUACUUUAGCGACAUUAGACACACCGUCAUUCGCAGAAUGCAAAAGAAUUAUGCUUCAUAGAGGGAAAGUAUUUUAUGAAAAAUUAGUUGCUGCACGAGGAAAAGUUGCAAAAGUAGCAGCACAUUUUAUCACUGAUGGUUCUAAAAUACUCACUCAUUCCAAAUCUAGAGUUGUAUUGCAAGCAAUGAAAGAAGCAGCUGCUUGUAAUAAAAUAUUUGAAGUAUAUGUUACCAAUUCUUCUCCUGACAAUAGCGGAGUCGAGAUGUGCCAAAAUUUAACAAAAAUGGGAAUUUCUUGUACAUUGAUAUUAGAUUCUGCAAUGGGAUAUAUUAUGGAACAGGUCGAUAUGGUAAUGGUUGGAGCAGAAGGUGUUUCAGAAAGCGGUGGAAUUAUAAAUAAAUUGGGCACUUACACAAUGGCAAUGUGUGCUAAUGUGGUAAAAAAGCCUUUUUACGUAUUGACCGAAAGUUUCAAAUUCUCAAGGAUAUAUCCUUUGAAUCAAGUGGAUCUUCCUGAUGAAUUCAAAUAUACGGCGAGCACUUUAAAAAAGGAACUCCAAAAAGAGCAUCCGCUGGUAGAUUACACUGCGCCUCAUUUUAUUAGUCUUUUAUUUACCGAUUUAGGAAUUUUAACUCCAUCCGCUGUUAGUGAUGAACUUAUAAAACUGUAUUUGUAACAAUUAUAUAUUUUAUAUUGAUUAAAACAUGGCAUACAUGAA